GCCCACGAUAAGGCACAUUAGAGAGGACAAGUAAUUUCUUCAGGAUUAAGCAUCUCUGAAAAGGAUGUCCGUUAGUUCAAAACGUAGUUUGUCAAUUCCUUUUGAUCGAAAGCAACAGGGUCAAAGACAAAAAAGUCAGUCUGCUCCUGCUGGUAUUAGCAGACGUAUUUCUACACCAAUAGGAAUAGAUGAGAGGAACAAAGUUCAUAGUGCCAUUGUAAGGAAAAGGAAAUUAUCUAAUCGAUUAAAAAACAAAAAACGAGAUGGAACACCAGAGAAAUCUGCAACUCCUUCUCAAGACACGACUGACGAGAAUCGACCACCAUCACCAAAUGUCAUCUGGAAUGAAGAAAUUGAAAAAUUACAGAUUAAAUCCGAAGAAAUAUUGAAAUUACAUGAACCAAAACCUCCAGCUGAAAGGAAGAAAACACCAGUGUCACAGAAAAUCAGUGUUAGAAAAUUAAAACCUGCUUCAGAAUGGGAUAAACCUAAACCUUUCAAUAUAACCGUUGCCCGACCAGCUUCUGAAGAUGCCCCAUUAAAACCUAUAAAUUAUUCGGGUUAUGGCGGACCACAGUACAACAGUAAAGGUGAUGUUCUAUCCCAUAGUUUACUGGGAUCAUUUGAUGAUUUUCACAAUGAAGCUGUUAAAAGAGGAGACUUUAUAAAUGUUGAAACACCAAGAGUUGACGUUGACCAAUCAGAUAAACCAACAUUAAAAUAUCAAAAAGUUAAACAAUCUAAUAUACGAAAGACAGCUGAUGAAAACAAUGCUUUGAUUAAUUGGCAGUUAAAAAUGAUAGAAAGAAAGAAACAGCAAGGUUAUAUAUCUAAUUUAUUACAAGUGAAUCCAGAGGAUUUAACAAUGAAUCAAGCUGAUAAUUAUCGUAAAAUGCAGGAAAAACGUGAACUUAUAGAUAAAACUAUUCCAGCUGUAGAUUAUGGGAAAGGCUAUCGUGUUGGAAGUGAAUUUUGGAAUCAGCAGAAAUUACUUGGUGAUGAAGUUGGAGGAGUACACAUGACAUUGAACCAGACGGAAUGUGGUAAUUAUCCCCCUUUAGAACAUGUUGGUAUACCACAGACCAUACGACAAGAGAAAGAUUUGACAAGUCGUUGGACUUGGGGUGAAUAUCACAGAAAUGAAGUUCAUUAUCCCUGGCAUAAAACGCCUUAUCUAUCGGCUCGUCAAAAACAGUUACAGCAUCUAAUCAAUGAAAUAGAUCCACAUCAACCAAAUUUUGAUGGUUUAGAAAUCAUAGGAACUAACAGACCUGUACAAAAAUCACAGGAUAUAGAAUCACAUUCUGGUUUAACAGAAAUAGAAACAGAGGAGGAAGAAACUUAUGUAGAUCCAUUAAGAGACCAUCCAGAUGUUUACCCUGCACCUAUAUUUGGUCCAUCUCUUGAGUUUGCUGGUCAACCUGCGAGAUGGACAGGUGAUAGUCACAGUUUUCAAGAUCAAAUCGGUAUAGAAGCUAGAGUUACAUUUGAAGCUUAUACUAACGUGAGGGUAACAUCUUAUUUGGAAAUAGUUAAUAAUGGAACAACAUCUAUAUACUUUGAUUGGAAGAAACUACCAACUGAAAACCGAUUUGAACUGGUCAAGUCAUAUAUCCAACGAUUUUAUUUCAACAACAGCAGUGGUGUGAUUCUACCAGGAGAAACAAUGAAGUUUCCAUUUGUGUUUAAAUCUGAGAAUGCUGGAGUAUUUACAGAACAAUGGAGGCUUGAAACUAGACCUGUAGUAUGUGGAGGGGCAGCUUUAAUUGUUACAUUAAGAGGAGUAGCUUUACAAGAGGAUACUUAUAAAAUACAUAGAGAAACAAUAGAGCAACAUCUGAGUGAUAAACAAGCUAAUCAAGUUGUUAAUCAGUUAUUAUAUGAAUUAAUUGAUGGUAUAAGAACACCUGAACGAUCACGAUCACCUAUAGAUGCUUAUAUCACAGAAGAAGAAACCUUUAAACGUCUAAAUCAUGGUAUGUGUUAUAGACAUGAACAGGUAGAAGAAUUAAAGAGAAUAUAUCUACAGUUGUUUACGUUAGAUAAAAGAGAUGAUCAAAGCUGGGAUUUAUCAAUUGAUAAUCUCAAACAGAAAAUAUUAGAACUACCUGAGGAUGAUGAAUUAAAAGAACCAAUGUUACAGCAAGUUAAUUUAGCUGUACAAAAAAUAUCUUUUCUACCUACAUUACCUGUUAUACAAGAAAUGGAGAAAGUGGCUUAUGAACAAAUUUCGGAAGCCAUUGACAAUAUCUGUGGUUAUUCUAUAUACUUACGUAAUGCUGUCGGACUUCCAGAAAAAGAUUUUGAGGAAAGUUUGGAAGGAGAUUCAACAAAACCAGAACAGACAGAAAAUAUUGAAAUAAAAAAGAAAGGCGGUCGUAAAACUGCAGCUAAAAGUUCUAAUGCUGAAUUAGACCUUCCACUGAGUGAAAGUAAAAGAAGUCGAGCCAGUGAUAAGAGUAAAUCAGAACCAAAACAAGAAAAGAAAACUCCUUCAGCAAAUGUACAGAAAGGAUCAAAAAGUGCAAAGGAGACGCCAAAACCUCCACCCACUGAUUCUAAAGGAAAGAUAACUCCUGCACCCAAGAAACCACCAAGUCGUAUGGGAACCAUUACACCCGGUCCAGAUAGAGAGAGGACAGAGAUAUCAGCUAAUAAUUCCCCUACACCCACCCCUGAACCUAAUUCAGAUUCUAUUCUAGACAGAAAAUAUAAAGAAAAACUUUACAGUAUGUCUUAUCUUAUAUUGGCGGACAUGGCAAGAAAUGUGGAAAAUUUAUUCGAGGACAUAAAACAAGACACUGCAUUAAAGCCAUAAAGUUAGAAAUUUUUAUAACAAUAUGUUAAACAACUGUGAUACUUGAAAUAAUUUAAUGUAUUAUUUAUGAUAAUUUUGAUAACUAUUUUACAAUGUAUUGUAUCCUGGGAAUUGAAAACACUCUUCAGUUUUACUGCAAUUAUAUUUAAAAUUUAAUCUUAACAGAUUUUGUUAAUAUAAAGAAGUUGUACAUUCACCAUUUUCAUUUGUUCCGUCAAAAACUUUGAAUUAUGUGUAUCAAUGAUUUUAGUUCUACUUUCAGUAAUCAGGUUUUUAAAUUCAUUUUGAUAUUAAAUACUCCAAAUGUAGGAUCUGUUAAUUAUGAGAAUCCAUAUUUGUUACACCUUUUUUGUAAUUUAUUGAAUGGCUUUAAUAAAAUGGGAAACUUUAAAUAGAAAUCUUUUUACAAAACUCUUUCAUUUCUUAAUAAUUCUACUGAAAAAAUCAUGACUGUAUUAUUCUAUAGCAAUAUAUGAGUUAAUUCUAAAUAUAUUUUUUGUCAGAAAACACAAUUGUAUUGUAAAAUAUUUAUUACUAAUAAUACUUGUAAUGAUUAAAAAAAUUGAUAUGAUAUUUAUUUCUUUUAUCAGUCUAAUAAAUCCUUGAAUGAGAAGAUCAUCCAAGCUAUGAACAGUAAACAAAGGCUACGUUUAACAAUGAGGUAUAAAUGAAACGAAGAUGAGUCGUUCAUUUUUACAAAACUACUUUACUUAUUGUGAUUGACCUUCCUUGUAAAUAAAAUUGUAUAGACUCUAGACUAUCUUCCAUUACUAUAAUAAUAUGGCAUGCAUAACGUGUUAGAUUUUGCAAGCUUAUCUAAUGGCAUUAAUUGGAAUGUUAAGAAGUGGGUCCGAUGGUCACAUUAACAAUAUCCCUUGAAAUUAUCAUAGAACAUAAUUUUGUGGAUAGAAAUCCGUGAAUAACAAAUACGCUUCUUCCCACAAAUUCUGGACAGCAUAAUAUUUGAAUAAUGUAUCAAAAACAACGAUGAUAAUUAGGAAUACAAUAGAAUGGCGUACUAGAUUUAUUUUAGUCAAUAAAACUAUGAACGAAUUUUAGAAACACCUAUCCUGGACGACCUGUGCAACUAUAUGAAAAUGUGUGAUUAUUUUUUUGUUGUGAAAAUCAAAUUCCGAACCGACAGCACCAGUAGUGUCUGGAUAAUCAUGAAAGUUCCAGAGAAGGUAAACAGGUUAUUUUGGCGUUAAUAUGACUUAUCAACAAACUGUUGUCUUGGAACAGUCUAAUUUUGUUCUGUUCUAUUUUUUGGAUUACCCCACCUUAUCUUGUAAUAGUAGUAGUCGGCGGUUUAACGCUAGUUCCCUUAGUUUAACGCCAGCUUCCACAAUAGUGAUAUCGCAGAUUUCACCUUGUUCUAAAACAUUUCUUUAUUAGGAACGGGAUGGUAAUUGAUCGACGACAGUCAAACCUGCCAAUCAAACCCUCUGAUACAGAAAUUUUCUUACGCAUAAAGUUUCUUUAUUAUGUUAAUGGAGAGGAAACUAAAACCAAAAUUUUUAAAUAGAUUAGCAGACGAUGGGAAAUGCGCGGUGACGAAAUAAAUCAAAAUUAUAUAAUAGGAAACUUUAAAAAAAAAUUGGAUUUUAGGAUCUGUUUAUAAAUGUACCAUAUAUAAUAACUAUUUUGUACCAUUAAUAUUAACAAACAAAAGAAUAUAGAAAUCUCGCUAAAUAUAAUUUUUUUUUAUAAAUGUGACUUGUGAAUUUUAUGUCUUACAGGUGUUCAACAAUUCGUCUAUUUCACCAUUACCGUGUCCAAUAUUAGCGAUAUUAAAAUACAUGUAUAGUCGUUAAAAUACAUUUUUUGUUUUCAUGUAUUUUAGCAGUUGAAUCAUGCAUCAUCAGAUUAAAUUAUUCUUAUGUAUUUUAUUAAAUCAUUUGUCAUUGUGUGUCUUUUUCUGAUUUAUAUAGGCUAACGUAAGCUGCUCGGCGAGGGCGUUUCUAUACAAUACAUUUUAUCAUAUCUUAUCUUUGAUUGAAGAGAUAAAAGUAGGGCCUAUAUUUUUUCACAUACUGAUAUUCAUCAGCGUAGAAAGAUCUUGCAUGUAAGCGUAGUGUUGGUUAUAUAAUUAUUACUUUUGUAACGAAUUGUGCGAGCCGAUACAAUUCGUUACUAAAGUAAUUAAUAAUUAUAAUUUUUGUGUGUUCCUUAAAAGCCCGAUGCGCCAUUUUAGCGCUAUAGAAUCACUUACAAACUACAAUUUUGUGAAAGUUGAAUCUGUAAUAGGAAUAACACCAUCAGUUCAAAAAUGGUUCAGUUCCCGUCAGUAUUUACAAAGAUAAAUAAUAUGUUGAAUUAAAAUUUAAUAGAUACAGGCUGCUCGCAAUGCUAUAGUCCGCCGCCAUUUUGUUGUCCAUUGAAUCCAAGCCGGGACAUUAUCUAGCGUUGGUAUUUUAAUUAAAUGUUAAAUAAUCAGUCUUAGUACAUAAAGCAGGGAGAAAUAAGAUAUUUUAGCGAAAAAUCCCAAUGGCGCAUCGGGAAUAAGGUUAAAAUGUAUUGAAACAUUCUAAUUUAAAGGCAUUAAAUCGCUAAUAUUUGGGACCUAGAAAUUGACACAAAAAGUCACAACGCAUAUAUUAAUGUAAUAUAAAUGUAUAUAAACUGAUUUACAUUAAAUCAUUUGUUUUUAC